UCCCGUUCUCCGCCUCAUCUUCUCCACAUCAAAGGAAUCCCGCAGCAGUAUGGAGAUGAUUCUACGAGCGCUUACAUUACUGUCAACAUUAUUAUGUCUGACUGAGGCCAAACAGAGAGACUUUUACACCUUUAAGGUGGUAAACAGCAGAGGGAGGUUAGUUUCUCUGGACAAAUACAGAGGAUCGGUAAGUCUCCAGGAAGAAAUGAGCAUUCAGGCACUAGAUGCAACUAACGUGCAUGUGUCACUGGUUGUGAAUGUGGCCAGUGAGUGUGGCUACACUGAUGAGCACUACAAAGAUCUCCAGCAGCUCCAAAAAGACUUCGGGCCAUUCCAUUUCAAUGUGUUGGCCUUUCCCUGUAACCAGUUUGGCCAGCAGGAACCCGGCAGCGAUAAAGAGAUUGACAGCUUUGUGCGGCGAGUCUAUGGGGCUUCCUUUCCUAUCUUCAGCAAGAUCGCUGUGGUUGGAAUAGGAGCCAAUAAUGCUUACAAAUAUCUUGUGGAGACCUCUGGAAAAGAGCCAACCUGGAAUUUCUGGAAGUACCUCAUCGACACCGAUGGUAAAGUGGUUGAUGCAUGGGGUCCCACUGUCUCCGUCAAGGAAAUCCGCCCCCAGAUAGCGGAUAUGGUUCGGAAGCUUAUCAUCAAGAGGAAAGAGGAGCUUUAGUCUGUUACAUCUGCUACAAAGGAAAAAACUGUUGACACUCAGACAUCUAAGACACGUCUUUGAAGAAACAAAUGCUAAUUUAGGCUUCUUCAAAGCACAAAGUGAUAUACCUCCAGUGCAACCCCCCUUUAAAAGGAUAGUUUCCCCAAAAAUGAAAACUCAUCUUUUACACAACUCAAAUUGUUCCAAAUCAUUUUAACUUUCAUUCUUUAUAACAACAAGAGAAGUUCCUGCCCAAGAUUAUCAGUGAAUAAUGACUUAAAUUUAGUUAUUUUCCUCACACAAAGCUAUCAUAUGGAUUAAUAAGACUUGGAAUAUAGCACAAAAGUCAUAUGGUCUACUUUUAUGGUGCUUUUUGUCAUUUCAGUUUCAUUGUAUGGAAAAGAGCAGUGUGAACAUUCUGCAUCUUCUCCUUUUGUGUUCUACGGAAGAAAGAAAAUCAUACUGACACAGUGGUGUGUACAUUUUGACAGAAUGUUUCGUUUUUGGUUGAACUAACUCUUUAAUCUGCCUGAACACUUGCGCUAUAUUCUUUCUUCCAGUUUUUAAAUCUUUUCUCAGGUUUGCUGCAUCAGAUUUGUCUCUUUUCACAUUUAUAUGGAGUUCAAAAGCACUGAGGAAUAAAGCAAGAAAAGACAACUUUUAUUAAUAAAUAAUAAAUGACCAAUUACUCACGCUCAGACAUUACUGACGUACAUAAUGACACACUACAUGUAAUGUCUAAUGGAGCAGCAAAGCUUACAGUGUCUUGAAAAUGUGGAAUAGAAUUGUUUCUUUUUAUAUUACCAUAAUCAUUUUUUCUUCUGUGACCUGUUAAAAAAAAAAAAAAUCAAAGCAAUAUAUUUGAAUACCAUGUGUUUUUUUU